CGCGGCGCGUCCCCCGAGCCUCGCUGUAUUUCCUUCCUGCACCUUUAAGAAGACCGUUGCUCCGCGGUGGGAUGGUGUGUUAAAGCCACACAGAGGAAGUUACGCAGCCCGGAUCAGACCGAGAGAUAAAAGCCCCGAUGGUGAUCGUGAGUGACGGCAGGAGGAUUUAGCCUCGGCAUUAACUUGGAACGGAGCGCAGGGGGGCCGCGAAGCGCUCCGCCAACCGGCCCACCCCGCGCGGGGGGAUGCCCCGGAGCCCCGACGAGCCGCCGCGAAGCCCACCCGGGCCGGGGGCAGUCCGGCGCCCGAGCGCGGGUCCUCUCCACGGCGCCCCGGGGGCCCGAAAAGUUUGCACUUGUUAGCGGCGACCUCCCGCUCGGCCGGGGCGGGCGAUGCUGGCGGCGCGGGCGGCCCCCUCCCCCGGCCCGCGUCCCCGGGACGGCUGCGGGCGGCCCCCCCGGCGGCCGGAGGGCGCCCCAGCCCCGCGCUGACGGCCCCGGCGGCGGCGGCGGCGGGAGCGGCGCGGGGACGGAGCAGCAGCGCGCAGCCCUCAGCCCGCGCCCCCACCCAGCGCCAGCCAGAGCGGGGAGGCGGUCCUCGGCCUCCCGGGUCUCCGCUCCGGGAAGCUGCUCCGAGCCCGGGGCUUCGGUGACCACGCAGGCUUCCCCGGCCGGGAGCCGCGGACAGCCGCCCCGCAGAGGCUCGGAUGCAAAAGUUGUGUGGUCGCGGCUGCCGCCGGCGGAGGACCGGAGCCGGAGAGGGGCGUGUGUUGUUGCUAAUGAGUCCUCCUCCCUCUUCCCGUGAAAGACAAGCCAGACUCUUGAGUACCUGCAUGGGCUGAGCCGAAGUCCCCGAACUUCACAAUAAGUUGCCAAUGGCUACCAGCCAAGGGCAGCCAGCCCCGCCUCGCGCCCGUCCUCACAAGAGCAGAGCCAAAUAAGCUUCUCCCCAGUUAGCAACCUCGGUCGCUUUUUGAUGGUCCGGCCCAGCCUCACGAGUGCUGCCACUGGAAGUCCGCGCGAGAAGAAAUCUCUUUUAUUGGCCUGAGAUGCCGCGCGCAGCCCCGUGGAGGCACAUGUCGGCGGCGAGCGCGCCCGCCCCCUGAUUUUUAUUUUCUCUUUACGACACAGGCCCGAGGGCCGCGCUGCCGGUGGCGCUGGGCACAUCACCCAUGACGGGCCCUUCGGAGAGCUGGCCUGCGUGGAAGGACCAGAAUUGAAGGCAGUCCGACCCGGCCCCAUGCCAGGUCCCCGUGGGCUUCCUCCCUAUCCCAUUUCCACCCUCUGUCACAAUUUGAGAGCCUGCCCGACUUGAUCAGAUUCGCCUCUGGGGGAGGUGCGAUGCCAAGGUCAGGAGGACGCGGAGUCGUGGGCCACUUUCUGACCUGCCCGCCGGCAGCCUGAGAGACGCCGGGUCGGGGUUUUCCGUGCCGGCCUCUUGGAAAGAGUGGGCCCCUCGCCGUUCCCCCCUCGGCAGCCGCGCUCGCGUCCCCGGGACACCUGGCUCCCGUCGCCCGGCAGAUGUGGCAUUUCCAUGCCGGGGCCGUCAGCGCCGCCUGACCCAGCCGCUGCUUCUCCGGGGCCUCUCCGCGCACUGUACAGCCAUGCUGGGCCUGCUGGCUCUGCUCCUGCCUUGCCUCCCGCUGGCCUCGGGGGACUAUGACAUCUGCAAGUCCUGGGUGACCUCGGAGGAGGGCCCCACCUGGGAGUUCUACGCCUGCCAGCCCAAGGUGAUGCGCCUGAAGGACUACGUCAAGGUGAAGGUGGAGCCCUCGGGCAUCACGUGCGGAGACCCCCCUGAGAGAUUCUGCUCCCACGAGAACCCCUACCUGUGCAGCAACGAGUGCGACGCCUCCAACCCCGACCUGGCCCACCCGCCGCGGCUCAUGUUCGACCGGGAGGACGAGGGGCUGGCCACCUACUGGCAGAGCGUCACCUGGAGCCGCUACCCGAGCCCGCUGGAGGCCAACAUCACCCUCUCGUGGAACAAGAGCGUGGAGCUGACGGAUGACGUGGUGGUGACCUUCGAGUACGGCCGGCCCACCGUCAUGGUCCUGGAGAAGUCCCUGGACAACGGGCGCACGUGGCAGCCCUACCAGUUCUACGCGGAAGACUGCGCGGAGGCCUUCGGCAUGCCGGCCCGCCGCGCGCGCGACCUGCCGGCCUCCGGCGCGCACCGCGUGCUCUGCACCGAGGAGUACUCGCGCUGGGCGGGCUCCAAGAAGGAGAAGCACGUGCGCUUCGAGGUGCGGGACCGCUUCGCCAUCUUCGCCGGCCCCGACCUGCGCAACAUGGGCAACCUGUACGCGCGGCUGGAGAGCGCCAAGGGCCUCAAGGACUUCUUCACGCUCACCGACCUGCGCCUGCGGCUGCUGCGCCCAGCGCUGGGCGGCACCUACGUGCAGCGGGAGAACCUCUACAAGUACUUCUACGCCAUCUCCAACAUCGAGGUCGUCGGCAGGAGGAUCAGAGGCGUGACGAGACACUCCCAGCGGCUCAGCCGGGAGCCAGUCCAGGGCCAAACUCUUCUUAGGAAAGGGUGCAAGUGCAACCUGCACGCCAGCCUGUGCUCCGUGCGCGAGGGCAGCCUGCAGUGCGAGUGCGAGCACAACACCACGGGCCCCGACUGCGGCCGCUGCCGCAGGAACUUCCGCACCCGGUCCUGGCGGGCCGGCUCCUACCUGCCGCUGCCCCACGGCUCUCCCAACGCGUGUGCUGCUGCAGGCUCCGCCGUUGGCAAGUGGAUCAGGCCGUGGACGGCAGCCCCCCCAGGGGAGAGAUCCCCCUGGCCCCAGGGGUCCUCCAGUGCACAAGCUGCGGGCACCUUCACCGCUGCCCCCACCCCCGCCAAGGCCUCCAAGCCUUCCCAGCUCAGGCCCAAAUCUCCUCAAGUGGUGCCUGUUGGAGAGUUCCCAGACUGCGAGUGCUAUGGCCACUCCAACCGCUGCAGCUACAUAGAUUUCCUCAACGUGGUGACCUGCGUCAGCUGCAAGCACAACACGCGAGGCCAGCACUGCCAGCACUGCCGCCUGGGCUUCUACCGCAACGGCUCCGCCGAGCUGGACGACGAGAACGUGUGCAUCGAGUGCAACUGCAACCAGAUCGGCUCCAUGCACGACCGGUGCAACGAGACGGGCUUCUGCGAGUGCCGCGAGGGCGCGGCGGGACCCAAGUGCGACGACUGCCUCCCCACACACUACUGGCGCCAAGGCUGUUACCCCAAUGUGUGCGACGACGACCAGCUGCUCUGCCAGAACGGCGGCACCUGCGUGCAGAACCAGCGCUGCGCCUGUCCGCGCGGCUACACCGGCGUGCACUGCGAGCAGCCCCGCUGCGACCCCGCAGACGAGGACGGGGGCCUGGACUGCGACCACGCGCCGGGGGCCUCACCGCGCCCCACCACCCUGCUCGGCUGCCUCCUGCUGCUGGGUCUGGCCGCCCACCUCGGCUGCUGAGCCGACCGGAGGACCCGCGGCCAGCGAGGGCCAGUCUGCGCGCUGUGCGCCCUAGGCCCUGCGCCCCGGGGGCCGGGCGACGAGAAGGGUGCGGCCCGAGCUGCUCCCAGGUGCUACUCAGCGGAGUCCUCCGCGCUCCUCCCGACCCCCUCCGUGGCACCUGCCCCCGCCCUGGCGCUGCAGCAGGGGGCGCCGAGGGGUCCUGAGCCCAGCGGCCUGCUAUUCUGGUCUUAGUUUUUCUACGUGCCGCAGCCCCUCUCCUCAUAUAUUUUUUUUUGCUGGCGGUGAGACCAAGGGCGGAGGGAAACGCUGCUCGCCCAGCACCGCAGGUCCACACACACGACUGUUGCGGACACCCCGCGCCCGUCCCUGGCUCGCCCUCAGCCGGCGGACCGGAAGUCCAGCUGCGACACCUGCAGCCGCCGCUGACUUCGCCCUAUAUUCCUUCUCCGUUCUCCUCUGCAGCCCACCGGACGCCAGGCGGGAACCACGCCCGGGCCCGGGAGCUCUUGUCCGGGGCAGGGAGGAGGAGGAGGAGAGCUGGGGGGGGGGGGGGCGGCGGCUGGAAACUCCGUUUUGUAGAGAACUAUUUUUGUUCGUGUUAACCGUCCCCUGCAGGGAGGGGCAGGAGCGGGGCGCCGGUCACCGCGGCGUGGUUGACGGUGUGUAACUGCACAGAGUAAAGGUCUGCUCGCUGCUGC